AUGCAACCACUCGUGCUUCACCCUCCGAGCCUCACCUCCGCCCAGUUUGGACAGCCCCGGUUCAACUCGGGCCCUGAGCGGCUGCCGUUGAAUCGAUCUUGGUCUACCAAUGCUCGAGGGUGUAGCCCCCGGGCUCCUCUCCCCCGCCAAUCGAUGUCUGGCUCUCCUCCCACCCAAGAGCCCUCGGUGACAUCCGGAGAGUCCAGGCCGGUGGCAUAUCCAUCGGCUUCCUCGCCCGUGUUUACGACCGGGGUGUUAGCUAUCCCUGCAGUGUCUGGAACUUCACAGCCGCCGGCGGCUGUGAGUGAUCCUCUAUCAGCACCUAUCCUCCCGAGGUAUGGAGAGCCAGGCCCUCCGCCAUUUGUUGGAUCUCCAAUACAACAUCAACACCAGAAUCAGCAUCAGCAUCCGCAUCAGCAUCCGCAUCAGCACCAACAUGACCAUCCACAUCAACACCAACACCCUCACACACAUCAGCAACAACAUCCACAUUCAGGAGAACCCCCGUUUUCGUUAUCAACGCUGGAACCCGCCGUGCCAGGUCCCUCCACCCGUUCCUUGGCGCAAAAGUCCACUCGGCGGACCAAAGCUCAUGUAGCCUCGGCCUGUGUGAACUGUAAGAAAAAGCAUCUUGGAUGUGAUCCAGCACGGCCAUGUCGAAGAUGUGUUCUGGCAGGCAAGGCUGCUUCUUGCGUCGAUGUGACCCACAAAAAGAGAGGGCGGCCACCACUGAAAGCUGAAGACUCUUCGCUCCGAGCUUAUACGACACAUAUCGAAAGCCCAGGUGUAUCAGCCGAAGCUCAACCGUCCAUGGCAGCGCAAAGGAAUGUCCUCCAUCGAGCUACUUCGUCUCGUGAACUGCGCCCCAUGCCUGACCCUCACACCAUAGGCGACCCUGGUCCCACAGCAGCGACCAUGCGGAUGCAACGCAGCCAGGCGCAUAGAUGGUCCGCCUCGGUUUUCCCUUUGACUCGACCUAUGGAUCCCUCUACCUCGAUACCAGGCAGUGCAGGACGACGUCCUUUCUCUAGCUCCGGUCCAGCUUCUUAUACAGCCGUGCCGCCUCAUCCACCGCCUGCUUUUGUGCCAGUGACGGGCGGUUUCAAUCCAGUCCUGAAGACCGGGGCCAUGCCACCCGGAAUGGACCGACGCUUUCCUCCAUAUGGAGGCCCGGCUUUACCACCACCAACAUCGCCUCCGCAACACCAGCACCCAGCAGGAGUUUCCUACCUGCCGUACGCUGAUGCUCCAUCUAGCGUGAUACAUCAGCCCAUGAGUGAUUCCCGGAUUCCUCCAGCGCCUCGCGAGCCCUAUCUUGAAUCCCCCUUCCGACUGCCCCCGAUUCACCAAGCCACCGCGAGUCCGAUAUCUCACCACGCGCAUCGACUGAGCGAUCCUUAUCCCGCAAGCUGGACAACCUCUAGCUCCAGUCGUGAAGAUAACCCUCGAGAACCGCGAUCGCCAGCUACGUUACAGAGACCGAUGAGCUCGCUCUUAUCGCACUCGACGCCGCAAUCUUACCAUCACCAACGCUCUUCGUCCACGACAGGCCCUCUUGAACCAAUUCCUCGACAUCUAGGGCCCAUCGAUCUGCCGUCUCCGGUCCCUCUGAGCCAUUCGUCUCCCAUCACAACGCAGGCCGCACACACCAGCACCGAGGCCGAAACUGGCGAGCCACGACCCAUCAAACGGCGCAAGAUGGCUUUAGACGAUAUGGUCAAUGGCUAG